CAUAAGUUUAUCACAGUACAUCAGUCAUUUUCAAAUACCUUUUAUUACCUGGACAGCUUUUACUAGCGCACGUGAAAAUGCCUCUUUUCGAUUUCAAGACCACUGGGCCUGAAGUAGUCGCCGCAUUCUCAGAGCGAGUCUCUGGAAAAACCUUUGCGAUCACUGGAGCUAGCCGAGGAGGACUGGGAGCGCAAACAGCCCUAUGCCUGGCAGCCGCAAAGCCUGAAGAGAUUCUGCUACUCGGGCGCUCCGAGGACAAAGUUUCCCCUGUCAUACAACGGAUUAAAGAAAUCAGUCCUUCCACCAUUGCACGCUUUAUUAAGGUCGACCUUGCAUCCUGCGCUUCUGUAAGAGCCGCGGCAACAGAGAUCAAUUCGUCUGUCUCUAAGAUCGAUGUUCUUAUCAAUAACGCGGGUAUCAUGGGUGUCGGAUUUUCCCUGACUCCUGACAAUGUGGAAAGCCAUCUAGGUGCCAAUCAUAUCGGUCAUUUCCUCCUCACAAACCUCCUUGUCCCGAAGCUCGAAGUUUCGAGCGAUGGAGCUCGGAUCGUGAAUGUAUCCAGUGCCCUGUACCAGUUAAGCCCCGUGCUAUUCGACAAUUACAACUUUUCCGGUGGCAAGUCCUACAACUCUUUGGAAGCCUACGGACAGUCGAAGACAGCAAAUAUAUUAUUUGCUGUUGCGCUAGCGAAAAAAUUGGAGAGAAAGGGCAUCAAGUCUUAUUCGUUACAUCCUGGUGUCAUUAUGUCGACGGGUCUAUCAGCUGGGGUUGACCCAGAAGCAUGGUCGAUUGUCGAAUCUGCGGUAGGAAACAAGAAGAUGGAGAUGCCAAAGGAAAAGACUAUUAUGCAAGGCUGUGCAACUAUACUUACUGCUGCGCUUGAUCCAACCCUUGACGAUCUAUCCGGCUCAUUUCUGGAUGACUGCAAUCCAAAAAGGCCUUUGCAAUAUGCCUCUGACCCGUCUAACGCAGAGAAGCUGUGGUCCUUGAGUGAGAAAAUCGUCGGGGAAAAUUUCUCCUAUUGAAAUAGUUAUCCUAAUCUCGCCCUAGCUUUGUGGUUCUUUCAGGAAUUUUUAUUAAAGAGAUGAUGAAGAGGAUACUACGGGCAGUAAAAGAGCAAUGCGAGUAACAAAGGCAUCGAUCAAUAACAGUUCUCCUCUAUCCUCUGUUUAUUUAUCUCUUUACGGAAGAAGGGCCUGGGAGAAGUUAAGUUUUUUGCACUUAUAUCUUCCCUAGAAC